AUGACCCCCAUCUUAUCCCUCCCACCCAUCCCUGGCCCCACGACCCCUCCCUCCACGCAUCGCCGCGCCGCCUCAACCUCUUCUGCUCACCCCAAACGUCCCCUUUCCUCAGCCAAAACGGUCCUCUCCGUCGAGGUGUUCAAACGAAAGCACGCCGCGGAGUAUGCUCACCUACACCCUGAUGCCGAUCCAAAAACGCUUGCCGCAGAGGCAGAGCGACUGGAGGAGGAGCGUCGACUGGGACGAGAAAAGCGAGAGAGCCUGCAGAAGGGCUUGCAGGAUGAGAAUCAACCCCCGAGGCCUGCACAGAGACCAUUAAGUCUGGUGCAGUCGAGGAGCCACGCCAGGGCAACCAGCACCUCAACUUUGGUCCAUGCCCGCCGCGCGUCUCGCCCAGCUUCAUCCCUCCUCCCCCUCGGCCAAACCCUUGAGGUCUUACUCGAGGAUGCAUCGCCAGUGACUGCUGCCCGACCGUUGCCUGCGACUUCCUCUCCCGCUUCUCAGUCCACCUACUCCUGGGCAUCUUCCUUCUCUGGCGAGACCGCCGAGCUACGUAUGGCCGCCCAAUACGUCCCCACCGAGACCGAUCUCACAUCCGAUGGCACCGUCACAGAAAGUGAGAUCCUCAACUCGCCGGCUGCGCGUGACAUUCGACGAAAGCGGAUCGUCGCCAUCGCUCAUACCGUUCGCCAACUCGAAGGUAUCGGCAGCCGUGAGCUCGAAGACCCGGCAUUCUUCGACGUGCUCUCCAAAGCGUGGUACGCGAGAUUUGACACACCAAAAGGUGUUGAUACCGACGCCAUGCACUCCCCUCCCGAUCCAGAGUUCCGCACACCUCACCUCGAUGAGGAUCCAUCACCUCGUCUCGAAGCCGAAUCCCGUUCUCGAUCCGUUCGUUACUCCUACGCAUCCACCCUCCAUGACCUCGCCCUGGAUGGCGGCGCAGCGCAAGGCAGCCGACUCAUGUCUGAAAAAGCCUGGCUACGACCCAGCUCCUAUGUCGGGACGCCGUGGGGGCAGGACUUUGCUCCUUCGUCACGCCCUGUCACCCCGGAUGCCGCCUCCCUCUCAUCUCACGACCACUAUCUCGACUCACCGUUUAGCUUGGAACCUGUCCGUGGUUUGCGUCGUGAGAAUCGCGCAAUCGACCCCACCCCCACCGGUCUGGGCUUCGCCGGUCCCUGGUGGGAUGCCUCACGACAGCCCACCGAGUCUGCGGAUUUUCAAGACGGGGAGGACGACUCGAUACCAUCGCGCCUCUUGGUUCCUCUGUCCACACCGACGACGGAACCAAGUACCCCCUUUGUCGUCCUCGACCCCGUCAAUGUGACCAGCGCACAAGCAUCCGAUAUGUUAUACCCGCCCCCGCUACGCCCGUCAUCCCCCUCAACGGCUCUGUCCGUAUCAAACGCAUCUCCAUCCUCGAGCCCCUCCCGACCGAACUUCACAAAGACCCCCUCGAACACAUCCUCCCGUCGACUCUCAGUGUCCGACGCAAGCCAGCCACUGGAUGGUUCAAUUGGAUUGGCAAUAUCGUCGCCCCCAUUGACGCCGGAGAGGGCGAUGACAGUGAGCACAUCGGAGAAGAUAUCGAGGUCUGUAGUGUACGCGGGAACAAGUCGCCUCCCUGCAGAACGCGUGAUGAAUCCCGCCGCCCAGACUCUCGACCCACCACAGAACGUGCAAAUCUCCGCGAGCUCGUCCUACCGCGACUCGUGGAGAGGUACAGCCUCGAGUCCAGCCGAACAGAUUGCAAAUGAGGCGAACCUAUCUCAGGAUGCCGGAAUCGCGAAGUCACCUCCGUCACGACUCACCUCCCCUCAGACCCUCUUCUUCGUCGGUUUCCUCCUACCCCUGACGUGGUUCAUCGCUGGAUGGAUCACCUGCGACAAUGCGCCCAGCGACGUGGAGAAGGAACCAGGGGCAGGCGUCGCCUCUACUAUAUCGAUACACCGUUCAACAUCCCCUCGGCACCGAUGGGCACAGCACGACAAUAUCUGGGUCAGCAGGUGUCGACUCGCAGCGGCGAUAUCCAUCCCCGUUCUCGUCAUUUGGGCUCUUAUCGCGAUCAUCCUCAUCGCCGUAUUGCGGUGA